AUGGCGAUCGAACUCAAGGGGCCAGCAGGGUGGACAUCGGAGACAUCCAGCAAUUCCAGGCGCGAAGUUGACACCAAUAAGAAUGCUCUCCCGGCACAUGAACAAGACCUCGAUGGCGUGAACAAUGGCUGGGGCAAUCUCGACCACGACGCUCGCGACAUGGCUCGUUUGGGCAAGAAACAAGUCAGUCGGUGGUGCAACUUCUGGUGAUGACGAGCGGCCAACUUACACUGUCGCAGGAGUUCAAACGCAAUUUCUCCUUCGCCAGCGCUCUUGGGUUCGUGUCUGUAUACAUGGCCACCUGGGAGUUUGUGCUAGUAUCGCUCUCUGUGGGCUUUUCGGACGGCGGAUAUGCAGGUCUGUUCUGGUGCUUCGUGGUGACAGUGAUAUGCUAUGCCAGUAUUGUUGCGAGUCUGGCGGAGAUGGAAUCCAUGUCGCCCACGGCGGGAGGUACGGAUUGAAAGUCUAGCUGCGAGAAAUUUUGGGGCUGACCAGAUGGAAGGGCAAUAUCACUGGGUGUCCGAAUUUGGACCGCCAAAAUACCAGAGAGGUUUGUUGAACUGAUUGUGACGCCAGGGACCUCGCUGAUCUGUUGUCUAGUUCUGUCCUACGCCUCAGGAUGGAUGUCGACGCUUGGAUGGCUGGCCAGUGUCGCAAGCUCCACCUUCGUGACGACGACACAGAUCCAAGCCAUGAUAGAGGUGACAUACCCGGAUUUCGCUUUCACCCAAUGGCAGUACACAUUGAUCAUGUGGGCUUUUACGAUCAUAACAAUCUUCUUCAACACGUCGGGUGCACCGGUCUUGCCCCUACUAGAGAAAGUGUUUCUCGGCGGCCACCUGCUGGGUUUCUUCGCGGUUAUGAUUCCACUCUUGGUACUUUGUCCCAAGAACAGCGCACGCGAAGUCUUUGUCGACUUCCAGAACCAUUCGGGGUACAGCAACAUCGGCACCGCCUAUUUGAUCUCGCAAGUCUACGUCAUGUACUGCAACCUGGGAUCCGAUUCCGUCGUUCAUAUCUCGGAGGAGGUGGAGAAUGCCUCGCUGGUGGUCCCGCGAUGCAUGUGGUGGUCUUACCUGGGCAACGUUGGCCUCGGAAUUGUCAUGUUGAUCACGAUGCUCUUCUGCAUUGGGCCUCUGGAUGGAGUAGUAAGUGACCAUUGUGGCAUCUAUCGUCACAGAUGUACUGACCCCCAUGCGCAGCUCAAGUCCGACGCGCCGUAUCUGCUUCUCUUCAAUAACACGGGCAAACCCGGACUUUCGAUUGCUCUCAACGUGAUCCUCUUCCUGCUGAUCUAUGCUGGCAACAUCACCGCAUUAACGACCUGUGCGCGAGAAGUAUUUGCGUUCGCAAGGGAUAGGGGCCUGUAAGUUGCGCAGUGCACCCGCAGACCACACACGCUAACUCUUCCUCGCAGGCCCUUCUCCAAAACCAUGAGCAAGAUGGAUCACAAACGGGACGUUCCCUCCAACUCAGUCUACAUAGUCUCCGUGGCCGUCGCGCUACUCAGCUGCAUCAACUUCGGCUCGACGCUGGGCUUCAAUAUCGUUGUCUCGCUAUCGCUGCUCGGCCUCCUGAGCACGUACAUGAUCUCGAUCGGGUGCGUGCUCCUCAAACGCCUCAAAGGCGAGGAACUGCCCUACGCACGCUGGAGUCUGGGACGCUCCGGUCUGGUGAUUAACGCUUUUGCUUUUCUCUAUUCGGCUUUCAUUCUUGUUUUCAGCUGCUUUCCCACCACGUUGCCGGUGGAUUUGAGCUCUGCGAAUUGGGCACCGCUCGUGUGGGUUGGCGUGAUUAUCGUUUCGAUUGUCUUUUACGUUGUCUACGGUCGACGACACUACACGGCACCGGUCGAGUUUAUUAGGGGGCACAAAAAGGAUGGGGUCGGAUUGCAGACAAGCUGA